AUGGCGGAGCUGCCGCUGCCCGCCGGGCUCAGCGCCAGCGCCUUCCCCGCCAAGCUGUGGCGCCUGGUGAACAGCCCCCGCGUCCGCUCCGUGCGCUGGGACAGCCACGCCCAGGGGCUGCUCGUCCACCGCUCCCUCUUCGAGCGGGAGCUGCUCGGCCCGGGCCCCGCCCCCGGGGGCGGUGGCGCUGGGGCGGGGCCGGUGCCGCGCCCCUUCAGGGCCACGCAGUUCAGCAGCUUCGUCCGGCAGCUGUACCGCUACGGCUUCCGCAGGGUGCCGGGCUGGCUCGGCGCGGCUGCGCCGGGCGAUGCCGGGGGCUGGCUGCACUUCAGCAGCCCCUGCUUCCGCCGCGACCGCCCCGACCUUCUGCUCCGCCUCCGGCGCCGGAGCGCGGCCGACAGGCGGCGGCCGGCGGCGGGCCGGGAGGGCCGCAGGCGCCCGCCCUGCGGCUCCCGGCAGCUCCCCGGGGCGCGGCCGCUGCCGGACGGGCGGCACGGGCGCGGCCGCUUCCAGCCGCUGCCCCGGGAGCGGCCGCCGCUGCCGCCCGGGCGCCCGCCCAGCGGCUUCCUGCUGCUGCAGCGGGAGCGGACGCUGCCGGACGGGCGGGAGCUGCGCAGCCCCCGGCCCGGCCGCCUCCAGCAGCGCCCCGGGGAGCGGCCGCUGCUCGCCCGGCGCCCGCCCUGCAGCUUCCACCUGCUGCACCGCGACCGGCCGGUGCCGGCCCGGCGGGAGGGGCCGAGCCGCUUCCAGGAGCUGUACGGGGAGCGGCCGCCGCCCGCCCAGCGGGAGGUGCUGGGGAUCCCGCCCUGCGAAUUGCUCGGGCUCCACGGGGAGCCGCUGCUGCCGCUCGGGCGGGAGGGACCCCCCAGCCGCUUCCAGGAGCUGUACGGGGGGCAGCUGCCUCCUCUCGACCGGGAGGUGCUCCGGCUCCAGCCCUGCUGCUUCCAGCAGCUGCACAGGGAGCAGCAGCCCCCGGCCUUCGACCCACGAGCCACCCCGGGCACUUCUGCACCCAGCGCUCCAGCUGGCAGUGCUGCUUGUGCAGCAUCGACGGCCUCCAGCUCAGGACACAACGCACCUGGGGCAGAGGGAUGGCCACCAGCAGAUCUCGGCCUUGCCAUAGAGAAAAUGAUCCGGGAGAUCAGGAGAUCCCUGCCCGAAAGGUCUGCCUCUGCUCAGGAUGAUGUUAGUGUCGCCCCUGAGUCUUCAGGAGGGGAGCCUGUGGACAGAGCUGCAGCAGAGGAAAUUUCAUCUGGCACCGAGAGCUGCAGGAACAGUUCCCCAGAGCCCGAGGAGCCUGAUGCCAUCUGACCAACGUCUCCAGGAGGGCGGCCCUGCAUGGCAGGAGGAGUCAGAGGAGAGCCUGUGACCAGGCAGGUAGAAUUCCUCAGUUUGUAGAUAUAUUUAUAGAUUUCCUUGGUUCUGUUUAUUAGUGCUUACAGUUCCAUUUAUACAUUAUAGUGUUCUGUUUAUAUAUGCAUAUAUUUAUAGAUCUGUAUAGUUAAAGUUGGAAAAGUAUAUAUUACAGAAGUGACAUCAUUAUAUUUCUAUAUAUAUAAUUAUAUUUAUAGUUUUUCAGAGUUAAAUUUAUAUAUGAGAGUAGAGUAAAAAAAAAUACAUAUAGAAAGUUAUAUUUAUAAAUGUGCCUAGUUAUAUAGUAAGAGGAAUAUGAAUGUUUAGGUGAAUAGAUUGAUGUUGGUGUAGGUUUAGGCUGCAUUUUUACCUCUUUCCUCCCUUGGCUGCCUUUUUCAUCUCUUGCUUUUCCCCCUGUGUCCCCUGUGUCCCCUCUCCCUGGGCUGGGUCCGAGCUGGCGGCCGGGCCGGGCGCAGCAGCAGUUCCAGCCCCGGAUGUCCCUGGAGCGGUUGGAGCUGCCGGUGGCCCCAGGCACUGUCCCCUGAGGAGCUGCUGAAGGACGCUGCAAUGAAGACCACGAGGACCGCCGGAGACUGCCGGGAGCCAGCAGGGAGAAGCCAAGGGCCAGCAGCAGGAGCAGGGAGCAGGGCCCUGCUGCUGCCAGCCUGGAGAGAGCCCGGAUGUCCCAUCUGCUGUCCCUGUGCAGGAGAGCUGCUCUGCCCGGGAGGAAGAGGCCGUAGGAGAGGCUUUGAAGAUGGGGCAGCUGGGGUCCCUUUUCUUUCUGUUCAUAUAUCUGUUCAUAUAUAUAGUGUAUAUUAUGUAAUAUUUCAUUUCUGUUUACAUAUGUAGAUUGUUAUAUAGGUAUUUUUAUAUAUAACAAUAUAUAUUUUUUAUAUAUAUAAAUAUUUCUGUGUGUGUGUAUUUAGUACUAUUUAAACAUGUAUGGAGUCAUAUAGUUGUACAGUUCUAUCAAUAAGGUUCUUGGUACAAGGUUCCUUGGGGAGGGAAUGCAUAUUUUUGUAUUUCUAUAUGGGCUGUACACUUGUAGUGAUAUGUAAUAAAUUAAGUUGUUGAAGUCCUAAUUGAUCUUUGUAUCUAGUGAGUUGUAGAGGCUGGCAAUAAAUUAGGUUUUGUUAACUGAAGUUGGUAUUUUUAUAUUUUUACAUAGACUGGUGGUAGUAAUCUAAUAAAUUCUUGUUCUUAAUCCAAA